AUGAGCUGGCUUAAACUCUUCACUUCGCUCACAGUACUCCAAACCUCCCGAAACGUCACCUCUCCACUCGGAGACAAUUUCGCCGACAUCAUGUCCAGCUCUGCAGAAGUAAACCAACAGUACUUCAACAAAAUCGCCGCCGACUAUGACAAACGAUUCGCGCCAUUCUUGAAUGAGAUUAACGAUGAGCUCCAAAGCCAGGCUGACUUUAUUGGCAUCAAGAAGGGCGCAAGGUUGCUCGAUUACGCCUGCGGCACAGGUUUUGUCUCCAGCUGCUUUUCAGACGUCAUUGGACAGGCUGUCGGCGUAGACAUUACCGAAAACAUGAUUGGUGCUUACAACGUCAAGGCCGCCAACGCGAAUGUGCCGGAGGACCAGCGCAAGGCGUACCUCGGGAACCUGCUCAGCACCCCGCCGUCGCCGAGCCUCGACGGCUCGCUGUUCCGCGACUUCGACGUGGCGGGCGUCGGCAUGGGAUUCCACCACUUUGAGGACACGACCCUGGCGGCGACGCGCCUGGCGGAGCGGCUCGUGCCCGGCGGCUCCCUCUUUGUUCUCGACUUCCUCCCGCACGGCGCGGACACGCACUCGGGCCACGAUGCCGUGCGCGGCGUGCACCACAUGGGCUUCGAUGAGGACAAGACACGCAGCAUGUUUGAGGCAGCGGGCGCGGGGCGCGACUUUGCGUACAAGGAGCUCAGCUCAGUGAUUGUGAUGGAGAACACGCCGGAGCAGGGACAGACGCUGCGUCGCCGGCUCUUUCUGGCCAGAGGCACCAAGACUGCCUAA